AAGACACUGCAUGGGAGUCAAUUGAAUGGCAAAUACGACGAUGGCAAAUAUGAACACGAACAGCAACUCCAAAGAAGAAAGCAAAAAAAUGGAUGAAAGAGAGGCGAUACCCUUGCUCACCCCAUACAAGAUGGGAAAUUUUAAUCUAUCUCACAGGAUUGUGUUGGCACCGUUAUCACGAUCGAGGUCUUACAACUUCAUCCCUCAGCCGCAUGCUGCUCUAUAUUAUUCUCAAAGAACAACUAAGGGUGGCUUUUUGAUUGGGGAAGCCUCCGGUGUGUCUGAUACGGCACAGGGAUACCCUAAUACACCUGGCAUCUGGACAAGAGAACAGCUGGAAGCUUGGAAACCUAUUGUGAGCGCUGUUCAUGAAAAGGGGGGUAUUUUCUUUUGUCAACUUUGGCAUGCGGGGAGAGUCUCCAACUAUGAAUACCAACCAGAUGGUAAAGCCCCAAUAUCAAGCACAGACAAGCGACUUCGCAAGGAUAUAGCCAACAAUAAAGCAACAGCUGAUAAAUACCCACCUCCUCGCCGGGUGAGAGCCGAUGAAAUCCCCAAGCUUGUCAAUGACUUUGUAAUUGCAGCCAAAAAUGCCAUGGAAGCGGGUUUUGAUGGAAUAGAGAUACAUGGAGCAAACGGAUACCUGCUGGAUCAGUUUCUAAAGGACAAAGUGAACGACAGAGAUGACGAGUACGGAGGAAACUUAGAGAAUCGUUGUCGAUUCCCACUGCAAGUGGUGAAGGCAGUAGCUGAUGAGAUAGGAGCUGACAAGGUUGGGAUGAGGCUCUCCCCUUUCGCUGAUUACAAUGACUGUGGAGACUCUGACCCUCAUGCAUUGGGCGUUCACAUGGCUCAGUCAUUGAAUGAAAUGGGCAUUCUUUAUAUUCACUUGAUUGAGCCAAGGAUGGUAACACAAUUCCACAAGUUUGACGGUACCAAAUCGUCCCUAACGCCAAUUAGGAAGGCCUUCAAAGACGGGACUUUUAUUGUGGCUGGUGGCUACGAUAGGAAUGAGGGAAAUGAAGCUAUAUCAUGCGCUGCUGCAGAUUUGGUCGCCUAUGGGCGCCUUUUUUUGGCUAAUCCAGAUCUCCCCACAAGAUUUCAGCUCGAUGCUCACUUAAACCAACCCGAUGCCACCACCUUUUACUCACAUCAUCCUGUGCUUGGAUAUACAGAUUACCCGUUUCUUCAACCCAACCCCAAGUAAUGUUAUGCUUAGCAGUUAGCACUCUUCUUGCACUAUCACCAUACAUAUAUCCCUCCACUAGGACUUGUAUGAUUUGAUUAAUUAAGUACCAUCUUUUAUUACAGCUUUAUUUGUUUUCCUUAUUCAACCAUUCUGUUUGGGUUAAACAGUCCUUCUCUCUAUAAAAUUUGAAAAUUGUGUGUUUAAUCAUGUACCAUUUAAGGUAAGAUCCAAUAUGAAGUAUUUAUGA